UGUUGCAGACUACAGACAGACAGACCAGUUCUGAUACUCUGACAUUUGAACUCGGGAACUAGGUUUAACUGAGACAGAGAGGCACAAUGGCUGAAGAUGGAUGGAUUCUAAUGUCCUUCUGUCUAAUGCUAAUGAUUCCAACUGCAGAUUUCUGUUACGCUGUCCCAACAACUGAAAUAUACAUUUUAAAGAGACUUGGAGAAGAUGCUACUCUGCCUUGUCUAAACAUGAAUGCCAUUCAGGAAAACUGUAGCAGUAUUAAGUGGAUGUCCUUUGGUAGGCAAGUAUUAGAGAUCUCGCCCGAGGCGACAGGUGAAAAAGGCCAAAAGUAUUCAGACAGACUGAGUAUAACAGCCAACUGUUCUCUGGUUGUAAAGAAGGUCACAGUUGAGGAUGCUGGUCAUUAUUACUGUCAGCAAUACAAAUCAGAAAAUCAAGGUCCUGUGGUUCAGACUGUGGUUGACCUGUCUGUUGUUAACAUUACUGAGCAGAAGUAUCCUGAUGGGACUGUAUCAGGGAUGGAAUGCUCUGUGGUGACAAAUGGAAUGGGGUGCCAUUACUCACUGACGUGGGAGAGGGAUCAUAAUGUGAAUCAACUAUUAGUGGGAGUGGAUUGCUAUGCUUCUGUUCAUUUUAUGGACUCUGCUUACUCAUCAAAGAAUAACACAAUGAAGUGCAAAGCAGUGAAUCGUGUCACAGGAGAAGAGCAUCUGUUUACCUUCAGUCCCCAGCCUUCAGAAGACACAAAAACAGAACCAACUAAAUCAGCAAGUUCAACUGAAGGCACCACAGAACCAAUUAAAUUGUCAACAGCAGUCACUGAUGCUUCAGACGAUAAAACAGGUGAGACAAAAUCAACAACAAAGAAACCAACCAGAAACACAGAAAACAGCACAGAAUCAUUCAGAGCCAUAUCAAACCCAAUAACACAUGCAGAUGUGAAAGGUUCGGGGAGGUUCAUUAUUGUCUCUGUGGUCUCUGCAGCUCUUCUAAUAACUGUUGUGACACUUGUGAUAUGGAUUAGAACUAAAGGGAAGAAACGUCAGAUGGAGUAUGUAAUCCACCAAAAUGAAAAUGAAGAUGAUGCAGCAAUGAACUAUGAAAAUCCCAGAGACUCUUUUUCUGUCAGACUCUACUGACAAGGAACAUCGACUCACUAGACAAAAGUCAUAUUAGUUGUGUUAUUAGUAUAAUGUUAUGGGGAUAUUUUCUAUCUAUAAAACGAAUCAUAAAUACCACAUGAUUUUUUAUGAUUAACAUUUGUUUCACUGUGUUAAAAGAAAUCUCUGUGUAAGUCUAUUUUAGUAAUCAUGUGCAUGUAAAAUCUGACAUGGAACACGCAGACAUGAAAUGCACGCCAGACAGGGGAGAAGGGAUUGAAGACAAGGAGAGGAAUACGGAAACAGGUAAAGGGGAUAAAACACAGACACCACUAAGAGGGCAAGGGACAGCGAGAGGGGAACACGAGGGUGAUGGAGAGAGCCAUGACGGGCUGGGGAAACAUGGAUAAUAAACAUGAUAGGCGGGGGGAACAUAGAAUGAAACACAAGGAGGGAAACAGGACACACAGACGCCCACAAACACACACAAACACAGACACACAGAGAGAGACACAGAGGACAAAGACACAAGGGGGAAUCUAAUAAUCAAGGAACUAAACAGAGAGAAAUAUAUAUAAGAAACUCAAAACACACUAAGACUACUAAAGAACCUAAACCACAGUACAAAAUUUCACUAAAACACAAGAACUCAAAAACACUGGGUCAAAAUGACCCAGAAACAUCACAAAAUCAGCUUAUUGUUGUGUUCCUGAUGUUUAACUGGCCAUUAUUAGUGCAUCAAACAUCCCACGCUCUGCUGCUGCUGUUGCCACAAAAACACACUUCCUCUUAAGUUCUCAGAAAAAACUUACUUCUGGUUUACAGGGAGGAACAAGUUGAGUCUUAGGUCAUGUAACUAUCUCAUCUGUGGCUGUUUAACUAAAUCACUUGUUAGACAUCAAAGUCAAGUUGUUAUUGAUAAUGAAUUUCAAUGUGACUACUUUGAAAUUCUUAAAGAUAUAUUAUUGUAAAUUGAGUCUUUAGGACACACACUGUGUUAAUUCUCACAGUGGAUUUGUAACAGCAAGGCGUAGCAAGGUGUUUGGCACCAUGGAAAGAAGAAGAUGAUUGAGGAAGUUGAAUGUGUGAAGACACAAGGUUAAAAUAAAUGUUAGCAGUAAUGCAGCUCGUCUUUAUUUUAAUAUACUUUAUAUCAGAAAACAGACAGCAAGUUAAACCAGUUCAGUGGUGCUACACUUCCAAUCUCUCCAUGCAUGUCUGCCAAAAACUAUUCAGACAGAGUGAGUGUCACAGCAAACUGUUCUCUGGUUAUAAAGAAGGUCACACUCGAAGAUGCUGAUCUCCAUUACUGUCUACAACACAUAUCAGGAAAAGAAGGAGAUGAUAGUAUGGUUCAGCGGACCGUGGUUGAUCUGUCUGUUGUUCACAUUUAAGCUUAAAAUACUCAUUUUAAGCAUAAAUUGCCCUUUUUAAAACAAAUAAACUGAAACAUAAGAAGAUAAAUGAGGACAGAUAAUCUGUUUCAUGUUGUGUUAUAUUUGAUCACUUUUUCAGUGGCUGAGCUUAAGAACAAUGAUACAGUGGAGCUGAUUUGCUCCGUGGUGUCAAACAGAAUGUGGUGUCCUUACACAGUGAGGUGGCUGCUGAAUUUUACUGAAGCUGGACCAAUAACUGAAACAACCUCUGGUUGCUCCACAACUGUAUUUACUGAACUCUCAAUUUAAUCACCUGACAAGGGAUGACCCAUUGAAGUGUGAACUAAUGGAUAGCAUGGCAGGAAAAGUACAGCUGUCAUUCAAGGAUGGGGUGAAAUUAGCUAUUUGACAUUAUUAAACUAAACUUAAAUUGUUGAAGUAAAUGAAUUUAAAGAGAGCAGUAAACUGUGUAAUUUAGCAUCCAAGAUGUUGUUAAUGCUUUUUAUCCUUUUCAUCUCUUUGAGGUGCAUUAUUGUCUCUUUGGGAUUGGCUGCACUUUUAAUAAGUGUUGUGGCAGUCAACAUAUGGACAAGAAUUAAGGUCAAUUCAAUAUUGAGAAAUUCAGCUUAUUUAGAAUGCUUAGUAUUAACAAAAAAAAAAAAAAAAAAAAGCAGCCCAAAACUUAAUGGUAAUAUUCUCUCAUUUUAGGAAGCAAAACCUACAUGGAUAAAACCACAGUGAGUAUAAAAAUAAAAAAUUAUAUAUUUGUUAUUGAUACUGGGUUAUACAUAAGAUUUAUUGGACUCCUGAGAACCUGCACUUGAGAGUUUGCUUUGGGGAAGUGGAUGAUUGACAAAGACAGCAGAAAAUGGUGCAACAGAGGCAAGUAAAAUUGCAAGAAACAACAUAAGAAACUAACCUUCAAAUUAAAACAGGAAAUACUUACUAAAAAAGAGAACACAAUCGCUUAACACACUGCUAAACACUUAAAAACCUAAAUGAACUAUGGGUUAUAACUAUAGAAACUAAAAAUUAUUACAAAGACUAUGACAAUUUAUUUGUCCUAAAUAAGAAUAUCAUUAGUUAUAUAUGUAAUUUCCCUAGAGAUUAAUAAAGUAUGCUGAUUCUUAUUCUGAUGUAUAUAUCGCCCCUCCCACAGGUGCAUUAUUGUUAAAGAUUGUUAAAGACGAAGGUAAUGUUGCAGUAAACUAUGAAAAUGUUGGUGACUCUGCUGUUUCUAUCAGACUCUUCUGAUCAUCAGUACAGCAUAAAACAGCUAACUGCUGUUAUGAAAAUAACUCCUACUUCUCCAAGUUUUCCAGUACUGCAUCUAUACCUGUUGUUUACGUCUACUCAUUUUCUCUUAACUAUUCAAACUGUUUUAUCUUUUUAAUUAUAUCUUUCCUCACAAUUUGUGUCAGCAUUUUCUGCCCAAUUAUUAACUGUUUCUGAUAUACAUACAAAGACUCUUUCUGUGGAUUUGGCUUGUUCUUCCUGCUCCCCUCACAACAUAUUACUGUGACAUGUUGUCAUAUUUUAAAGUCUCAAAGAUGCAAAUAUAAAUUCUUCAUUGCUUUGUAGUGCAGUUUUCUUUUUUUUCUUUGUUAGUUUCAUCUCUGAAUUACAUUGAUUAAGGCUAGGAACAAGAUUUUGAAAAUGUAUUCAAACACUGACAUUAAUGACAACAAAGGAGCAGAAUAAUGCAUUGAAAACAGGCUACAGUCAGGCAGGAGCACCUAC